CAGAACAAUCAGAGAGAGAGAGAGAGAAAAAGAAAAAAGGUAUUCAUUGAAAGCUGGAGUACUUGGCUGGAUUGUUUGGCUUUUCCCUUCUGGUGCUGUAGCAGAGACUGUGGAUUUGGUGGGGGGUGAAGGGGAGACAAUCUGAUUUUUUUUAUUUUAUACAUUUUUGUUGGGGGAGGGUUGGUCAGAGGUUCUGGAACCCUGCAAGGUGGAGGAGAGAUACAGUGUAAUCUUGCUGAUUGUUGCUCCAGGGAUAGGGCAGACCUGCACCCUGCUCUGCCUGUAAAGAAGAGUUGAAGAAAAGGCACUUCUGAGACCAAGAUCUUUCCACCAUAUUGGGAACAUCGUUUCUCUUGCCCCUUUGAGAGACCCCCGCACCCCUUCCCACAGGGUGAUUUUGAACUGAAGCCUCAGACCUCCAUCGACUUUCAAGGGAGGGGAUCAGCCCUCCAGACACCCCACACCCAACCCACUGCCCUCUCCCCAGCUUCUCCCCCUGUCAACCACAAAAUCUACAUUUCACCAAUGGAUACAGCAUCUACUUCAACUUUUGAUUCGGAGGUAAGUUGUUUUUUUAUGUCUUAUUUUAUCUUGCUAUGCUUCCUCUUACAAUUAUACCCCAUGUGCUGUUUUGGGGUGGGGGGUAGUGGUGACCACACCACCACCACCCUCCUUCCCAGGCUUAGAUGUGGGUGCUCUCCUAUGUCUUACUGGUGGCCAGACCAUAUUUUAGCAGAUAUGUCCAGACUAGCCAUGUUUGCCCGGUUUCCCAUUACAACUUGCGCCAUCUUGUCCUUGUAGAUAAAAUAACAAAAAAGGAAAAGUAAUUUUUGGGGGGUAGCUCUAAAAAUCCGAGAGUCUGGUGUACACAGUCUCAAUUGUGGAUUUUUAGACCUUCUAGCACCUAUGUAUGGUGGAUUUGGGGGGAGGGGGACCUAUUGUCAGGAACUGCCCUCUCUAGGUAUAUAGCAAGAAAUGAGGGUGCCUCUUAUGGAUCACCAUCUUGAAUCUAGCUCCCACUCUGGACUUUAAGGCUUACCCUGUCCAAGAUUUGGGGGAUCCCUUUCCUCAUUAUACGAUAAGUAAAACCCAGAGUCCCUGUAAUAAAUACUAAGUUCUACUUUCUAAUUCUUUCUCCAUUUUUGUGAGGGUAUGCAGCAACAUCAAACCCAAUCGCUAUUUAGUGCUGGCAUCUGUACCCCAAUAUCAGGAACAAUGCAGCACCUUUUAAAAGAGACCUCAUCUGAUAAAUGACUGGUUUGCACCCUUCAUCCAGACCCUAGACACCAUAGACAUCUGACACAGCAGUUGCCAAGCAUUGCUUCCCCCCUGCCAAGCACCAACAGGCUUUUUACAAUACUGAUUAAUCUUGCCUGCUGUUACCCCCCACUAUUAAAUUAUGGGGGCUCUAUACUUUACAUUGCUGCUGUGGGAGAUCUUUUGUGUCUCUACCCCCCAUCCCCCUUCCUGAAGUUUCUAAUCAGACCUGUAUUGUCACUCUUGAAAAUAGAGUUUUUAACGAUUUUCGUGAUCCUGUGAACCCCAUGUAAAAUUCUAAAAUUACAUUUUGCCCCCCCUUUAUGUGUCUUCAGUAAUGGCGAAAUGAGGGCGAUGGAUGGGGGAGGCGGAUGGUGCUGGCUACACCCACUCCCUCUAGUAUUGCUAAUAUAAUAUCUAUCCUUGGCUGUUUGUCAGGGGCCACUGAUUAACUACUGGGGGGGGGUUAUGUCUUCGGGGAAGGACAGUUAACCCCUGGGGGUAAAGCCAGGGAGGAUUAUAAGUAAGAAAGGAGAAAAGAGUGUAUGAGGGUGGGGAGGGGGGGGGAUCCCCUUCCCUUGUAAGAUUUCUAGCAUUUAAACAAUUCAUUAUAAAAACAAUCUAGUUGUUAUGCUUGCCAUACACAUAGCAUGAAUUCAUAUUAUGCUUUUGUUGGUCAAGGGGACUAUAGAGCUAAAAGCUACAACGUGUUUAGGUCAUGUAGUGGGGGAGGGGAAGCCCCCUUCUAUGCCCUGGUGGGUCUUUCACACUGAUCAGUCCUAAUAUCAUGUGCACUUGCUGUUAGAGUGGGCAAGCAGGACCCCCUAGAAACCCCCCCCCCAUAUAUAUUUUCCAUCUUGACUUCAGACUGUAUUGUUGUAUACCUGGAAGUGAAGCCAAGAUUGGUUACAUGGUAUAAAGGUCAGGGCUCAGUGUGUAUAGACCAGUGGGUCCCAUCCCAGUUCUCAAAGCAUACCAGCAGUCCAACAUUUAGGCAUUUAACCAUUCUGUCCCUGUGGGGAUUCUGCCCUGGUGUGCCUUGAGGACUGGAUUGGGGACCCCUGGUAUAAGAGAGUACAUCUUUUAGUGAGAGCACUUAUUUCACUGCAAUAAGGGCUGUCAUUUCUUUCAGGGAAUCCCACAGCCACCCACUUUUAUGUUGUGCUACAUCUAUUGCCAUGUUAUUCCUAUAUAACUUAAAUAGCACUCAAAAAACAUAAUGGAGUGCUUUUGGGUUAAAGUUGUUGUGUGUCCAGCAGAGCAAGUCUUUGGUCCCAUUGCUUUCCAUUCUCCUGUCUCUGGCUGUGCUGGGUGCAGUGGUGGCUGUGGCUGGGCUGCUUGUCACUCACAACACGCUCCUCCCAUGGGCUCUCCUUUUGCGGUGUCACCAGUGUUAGGGAUGUCUUCUUAAAAUCUGCAGUCCCACUGCUUAUCAUAUAUGGAAGUCCUAGGCAUCUAGGUCUAUAGUUGUUUUUCUGCCCCCCAAACCCCCAUCCUUUUAUAAAAAACUUUGUGGUUUAUACAGUUGAAAUAGUGAGAGGCUGUUAAGAACCACAAAGUCCAAACAUUACAUAUUAUUUUAGAAAUGGGAUGGAUGGGUCUGUUAAUCAGACUUUUCAUCUGACGAGACUCGUUUUGAUUAUUGUGAUUCGUGAUGGCGGAUUUAUUUUCUUUUUUUGUGAUGGGACUAGUAAUAAGUUUCUUAAAAUAUAAUUUAAAGCAUGAUUACAUUUUAAUAUUGAAAAUGUACAAGGUGCUGAGGGGGAGGAUUUAAGUUUAAACAAGCAAACCUUAUGAUUCCAAGGUCAGCCUUCACCUUUGCGAAGUAUCUGCACCAUUUCUCUAGGGUUAACUCCUUAAAUACCAUACAAAUUAGACACCCCUCUGGCAAUCCCACGGUUAAGGUUUUUCAUUUUGGAAGCCUUGAUGGAACAGAAUUCAUUCUUGGCAUGGCCCAUGGUGGUUUGGAGGGACACGUAAGGCAAUCUCCUUGCCACAUGUUGCCAUCUGCAACAAAGAUAUAAUCAAAAUAUACUGCUUUAUCAUUAUGGCCAUCCUACUGAUUACCUAAUGAGAACUUGCUUUUUAGCAAGGAUUUUCAAUACAGUCUCUGCUUGUUAAAAAUGAAUUAUAUUUAGAGGGGGGGUAACCAACACAAACACAUUUUCUAGAGUUAAUUUUCUAAUUCUAGAAAAACAUGAUGCAUAUAAUAUAUAUUUAAGAGAUUUCAAUCCACCUACACUUGGUUCCACCCGAAAUGAACCAUAGCUAGUCUUAUUUCCUACCCAAAUAUCUUUAAAUUAAAUCCUCUCCCAGCUAAGUCUCAACCUUUUGGUUCGAUCCCUGCAUUGGGGGCUGUUAGUAUUGGGAGCCAGUUAUGUUUUCUGUGUCAUUGUUGAUUGUAAUAUGCACAUUAUAUUCCUCUGGCCCUGGGCAAUUAUCCAUAAUAAAUUUUCUGUAGUGACACUGACAUCCCCCUAGAGUAAAAAAGACUUCUUUUACGCUGGAAUUAGACUAACGAUGGGGUUUUUUCUUAAUUUAUUUUACUAGUUAUAUUGAAAUUAAAUGGCUUAGUGAGCUAAUGUAUCAAAUUAUGCAUUAAUGAGCAGGGGUUAGUUAAAUCUUCUUUGUAGCGUGACAUGGUUGGAAUGUCAUUUGACCUGGACCUUAAGGGGUUAAGAAAUGUCUUCAAGCUAAUACUGUGUGUAUAUCAUUUGGGUCUUUGUCACAAUUGUCCAAAUUAUGUGGAUGUGUAAAAGUAUACUUUUAAUAUAUAUUUUGGUAAAAGCAAGAUGUGUUGUACAUCAGAUAUAUAAUUUAAUGGCAAUUGGUGAGAAUUCUGCAUUAAUAAACUGCUUUUUAUAGGAUGGAUAUGUUUAGUAGUCAGAAUGCUUUAAGGGUUAAUGCAUCAUGGGAGUCACACAUGAAAUGUGACGUCACAUAAUGUUUUGGGGACAUAUAUUGGAUGGGUAUCUUAUUUUUUUUAGAUUUAUUAUCUGGCACUCAAAGGAUUAAGUAUGUCUUUGUUAAUGAAGGAAGUGCCUCUUAAUGGUGGCGUUAUUGCCAAUCACAUGCUCCUCCUUCCCUCGUCCACACCUCACUCUAGUUAAGCCCUUUUGGUUUCUCCACACAUUGUUGGAAUGCAAGGGGUUAAAGUCCAAUAAUUCUAGAUUAAAACUGAUCUUGUCAUAGACCAUGGUUAAUGACAUAUUUGCUUCUUUGUCAUGUUAAUUUUUUUUUUUACUUAGCUUUUAAGCAGUAAAAGCAGAUGGUUCAAAUGCACAGUGGUAUUUGAUUAGCCCCUUCAUUCUUAUUAUAAAGGGAUAUGCUAAACCGCUGUUAUCAUGAAAAAGGAAACUUGUGCCGUUUGUUGGUUCUUAUUUACCGCUUUAGAUUAGUUGACAGAGCUCUCAACAGAUAAUGAUUUGACUUAACCUCUUAACCUUCUAGAUCUGUGUUUCUCAAGGGAUACUAUAGGGGAUUCAGGUUCCAUUUCACAAUAAAAGUUUGAUAACCACUGUUCUAUAUAAGAGAUUGUUUAGGGAGCUUUUUUGAGGAUGUCCUUAUCUUCAAAGAGUUAAAUCUCUCCUUUUCGGAAUUGGAUCUCAUAGUUAGCCCAUCCUCCUCCCAGCCACUAGAUCAGCAGCACCAAGCUCCACUGGUACUAGACCAGUGGGCUUAAGCACGAUACCUGUUGUGAACUACUCUUCCCAUGAUACCCAACCUAUUUGUAUGCCAGUUUUAUUUGGUUUUUGGAAGUUUGCCAAAUUAUAAAAUGUAAAUUCAUCAAACUAACCACUUUUCUGUUGUGUAAAUGUGGACCUGUCUGACCACUAUAUGGACUAAUUGGUUACGUCCAGCAACUAGUUUGUAGAAUACUCUUUGAGCCCCUGUGACAGCGAUGGGGUUACUCGAAUCAUACCUCCAUUUUGUUGAAGGUUCUGCUAGAUGCCUGGUAUGAUUUGUUUAGAUUAGACACACCUCCUGUGUAUUGUUCCAAGCUCCCCCUGCAAUGCAUUGCAAAUCCUGUAAACGCACUCUACCAGUGGAGCGGAGGCUAAGCUGCAGAGUCUCCGCCGAAAGCUUGUGAGCAGCAACUAUACGAAAGUGUUAAUUUUCUAACACAGAAUAUCUAACCGCAAAGCUCUAUCAGUGAGAAGUCAGUUGGUUUAGUAAUAGUUUAAGAAGGAGCUCUAAACAUGAAAAUAAAAUUAACAUAGAAGGAAUGCCUUUUUGUAUAAAAACUCUUUUUUUUCGUAUCCAUUGACUACAACAAAUCUUCAUCAGGGACAAAUGGAGACCUCGGGAUGUUGAACUAUUACCCAUGAUGCUUUGCCAGACAUGCCAAGGGGGUGCAAGGAAUGCACUCCUGUCAUGCCCCCUUGAAUUCAGUGGAAUGGGCUCAGUUGCAUCCUACCUAGAAAUAGCUAUUUGGAGACUGCUUUGGCUACUGUAUUUCUUUUCAAAAUUAUUUUGAUCUUUGAUAGUCUUCCCAGAUCGAAAUUCGUAAAAGAAUAAAAAAAAAAUAAUUAAAAUCUGAUCUAGCUUUGCUCAUUCUUCGAGAUUUUGACAUCCUGCAAUGUUUGGUAAGAAGGGUAAUUGCGAAGAAUCCCUUAGAAACUCCUGUUUAAAGGAAGAGAGCAGAUAUAUUUUACGUUUCCAACCCCAUGUCCGUCUUGCGAGCGAGCCUGCGAUUAACCUGCUUUGCAUUUAAAACUCUAUCGUAGUAGGGAUCAUUUUGAUCUCCUGCUUUUACAAGGAACGGGGGAUGCCGAAAAGGACAAUAUUUCUUUAAGACGUUUGAGUGCUGCAAAGACUAAUCUUUUGUCAUUCACAAUAAUGUGGACUAUGCUUCCUAUUAUUCACAGAGCAAUGGGGUGGCAAGCCAAAUUGUUGGCUAACAGAAGAGAUCUAGGCUGUCGGUUGUCUGCUGCAUGGUUCUGUGCUUUGCAAGGAUACAAAAUGUCUGCCUCCAUAAGACAUAUUGCUUUACAUUGUAAAUAAUAUCUCUGCAUGAAGUGUACUGGGAGAGCUCUACAAAUGUCACUCUUUUUAGACUACCAGCCUUGGCAGCCUUGAUGUUUGUGAAACCUUUUUGUGCCGUGAUUGUUGGCAUACAAAAAUCAGAACAAAACAGAAUGUGCAGCAACUGACUUUGAAACAUGCUAAAUCAUGUAAACGUGUUAUAAAAACAAAAUCAAUUGGCACACAAUAUUCAAAACGGAUCUGCCUACUCAUACAGAACUUUUAAAAUACCAGCAGUCUAAAGGGAGCCUGUCCCUUUAAAUACAUUUAGUUGUUAAUAAUCAAACUAAUUGUUUGCAGUGUUACUCCCCCUCCCCCCAUAUAUUAAUGUUUGCUCUACUAAGCUAUUAUUACUUUUUUUUUUUUUUGUGUGUGUGUGUGUGCUUUGUUUCACCUCCCCCAACAAUUAUCCUAGUCGCUGGGUAUGCAAAGCAAUUGGCUCCUUUGCCAUGCGGAAAAAGUCUGCCCUGCUGGUGAAGUAUCAUUUUAAUUCACUGCAAAGUGGGUUUUAGCUUAAACAUGAAGCCCAAGAGAAGGACGAGCCAGAGCAGUUUAUAGUGUAAGGAGCCAGUAACUCCUAAGCUGGUUAUUGAUAACCUUUCACAUGUAAAGCUGCAGGAUGUUACAUCUUCUAUUAUACAUCAUUUGUCAAUACAUUAAAGGAAUUGGUGUGCACAUACAUUUAUUAAUACUGCUGUUCUGGCUUCAAGUCCACUGUAAUGGGGGACUCAUUGGUCCUGUAUAUCUUUGCCAAAUUGGAAGCAUUUAAUUUAUUUGGGGAACAUAGUGCUGAUAGGGGUACAACUUGAUAAGUUGUUGGGUUUUUUUUUUUCCGUUGUUGGUUUUUCCUUCUUCUUUUCGAUGUGUUGUUUAUCAGUUUGUAUUCUAUUUUCAGGAUGGAACUCCAAAUUAUAGGAGGCAAAGGACUGUGGAGGAUUUCAAUAAAUUCUGUACGUUUGUUUUGGCGUAUGCUGGAUACAUACCCUACCCGCAAGAGGUAAAGCAUCUAAAAUUAACCAGGCCUUUUUUUCUUUUUCAGAUUGUUUUGCUUGACCAGUGCUUUAAUAUAUCCAGUUCUGAUAAGAGCAUGACUUAAAGCUAAUGAGUGGUUUUUUUUUUUUGGUUUUUUUUUUCAAAAUAAAUCUUUAAGUGUGUGUUAUCCAACAGUAAAUUAGCUCAUACUGGGGGACUGAACCUUGGUGCUGCCCCCAUAGGGAGUUAUUUACUAAGCUGUGGGUUUUGAUGAGCUCGACGAAUUGAGUUUGUAACAAUAAAUACACAAUAGGUGAUUUAGGGAAACAAUGUCCCAAGUAUAUCAAUUAGAUCCAAUAUUUCCAACUUGGCUGUUCUAAGCUCAAAGUCAAGACUCUAAAGCACCCAGACCACUUCCUCUCAAUGAAGAGGUCUGUGCGCUGUGAUCCUUUAGUUUUAACCCUACAAGCUAAAACAUUGCGAUUUAGUAGAUAUGUCAGUGUUUUGUUGCUAAGUUUAAUACGCCACUAGAGGCAUGUCCCUGUGAGAACGGAGUCAGUCUGUUACAAUUACAGCAGUUUAUAUAGCGACAUAUAAUGCCAACAUAUAUACCAUAAUAGUUAUAUAUAACUACAUAUAAUGGUUAAACCAAGACGAAUAAAAAGUUUAUUUCACUUGUGGUGUUUUCAACCUUUUUUCCUCCUCAGACCCCACAAAAUUAAAGUGUCGACCCUAUCGGAAAAUAAUGUGUCUACACAGUAACUAUAAGUGGGCGAUUGUUUCUUUCACACUGAAAUUGCCUGUAAUUGUACCAUGCUCAGCACUUUAAUAAUGUAUACUACACUUAUUGUUGCCAAUACUUUCUGUAGUAAUUUAAUUGAGAAAGGGUUUGUGCUAAUAUUGUCUUUAUAAUUCAAACUAUGUACAAAUCAGAAGUUUUUGUUUUUUUUUACUUGUGGUAAACCAUUCACAUUCUUCCUAGUUGGGGCAGUGUUAUUGGAUUUGUCAUUAUGAAGCAGACAAGGGUCUUUUUUUGUUUUGUGUUUUGUGUGGGGUUUUUUUUUUAAAAUCUUUUAUAUUUUAAUUUUUCAUAAUGAUACAAGUUUUAUAACAAUGUAAACCAGUCUGGAAGCCAAAAUAUCUCACUUGAGCAGCUCCUACUAGAUGCAAUUUUAUUUUAUUUGCUUUGAUUUUGCGACUUGAUAGUCUCAAAGUGGUGGUUUAUAGAUUCUAAUCGAAAAAGUCUUGUAUCCUUUUAUAUGUACAUUAAAUGGCAAUAUUUACUUAUUUAAUAAUUUUGCAUUAUAAAUGAAAAGAUAAUUAGUAAAUAGGAAUACUCAACUUAAAAUGUAUUUUUAAAAUAAUUUUUAUAUAUAUAUAUAUAUAUAUAUAUAUAUAUAUAUAUAUAUAUAUAUAUAUAUAUAUAUAUAUAUAUAUAUAUAUAUAUAUAUAUAUACACUCACCUGCCCUAGCCAGCUUCCUGAUCACAUGACUGUAGUAGUGAUUGAGAUAUGCUUCAAGUUUCCUGAUGAGGAAAAACUAUUUAAAAAAAAAAAAAAAAUGAAUUAAAAAAUCUAUGGUUUAGAACAAAUGUUUUUUUCUUAAUAUAGCUGCAGGAUAAUGUCAUGCAAUUUGACACAUCUUACAUGUGUUUUUAUUUUUCUAUUUAGGAGUGCCCUUUAAGAGCACGUUCCAGCCCCCCAAAUAGCACAGGAAGUACUGUUGACAGUGAUAGCUGGGACUCUAGGUAUCCAGACCUGUCAUCAUCUGAUGCUGUACCCUUAAAGAAACAAAAAAGUUUUGGUGACUUCAAGCAUGAACGAACCUACUCAAACGCAAUGAAGCGCUCCAAACUGGGGAACUUUCUUCUGGACAGAAAGAAAAUAGACAAAAUUAAGAGGAAGAAGAAGCUCAAGAAAAAGGAGCAUGAGUGUGAACUGCAAGAUCAAAAGUAUAUCGAAGCCUUCAUUAAAUUGGAACCGCCAGAUUCACCAAUACAAGAGAGUCCUCCAGUUAUAGAACACGCUUUGAACCUCAAGAUGUCCCCACAACAUCAUAUGCAGGAAUCCAUGUUGGAACAUUCCAACAACAGCAUGGACAGUGCCUCUACCGGAAUUACUUAUGAUGACGUAGACGACAUAAAGUCAGAGUAUACAGAGGUCAACUUGGGGAAACGAACAGUCAUAAGGCAAGGGAAACAGGUGGUUUUCCGGGACGAAGACAGUACAGGAAAUGACGAGGACAUUAUGGUUGAUUCAGGUAAAUUUCACUGUGGAUUAAACCUAUUUCAGGUUAAUUAAACAUGGCUAUGCAGUUUAAAAUGCUACAAGUCCUACUACAGUUACAUCAAAUUUGGGUUUCAGGUAUAUAUUGGCACUCUUGUAAUCUGUAAACGUCUAAUCAUGAUGGAAACCGUAAUCCUUCGGACCGGUACAUAUUUAUCUAGAGGUGGAGAGCUAUUAUUCCUAUCUCUGCUAAAGUCAUCUGGUAUUUGCUCAGGAAUCUGAUUCCUGUUUAUGUGUUAAAGUACCUGCUUCUCUGUUAUACGAAAAAUGUUAAUUAUGUAUUGUUACCAGUUAUACUUUAUUAUUAUUUUUAAUGGUGAUUAACAGAAAUGAUAAUCACCAGUACAGCACAACCUGUCUAGAAACUGUUUGCCACAUAAAACUAACAGUAUUUGAAAGAUCAGCCGCAGCUAAGGCAUAACAUAUAUCCAAUAUAACGUAUUCCACACAGUAUCUGUUGUAUUGUACUAGACUUUUCAGAUCAACUCACAAAAUAAGCAAUAGCUAUUUUUGUUUAAAGGUGCAUUUUAUAUAUAUAUAUAUAUCUCCUUUAUUGCAACACAGAUGAUCAGCAAAACUACAGUUUAUAUAAAACACAUACAUUUGUGACUCUAGUAUAAGUGACUUUUUUUUUGUUUCAUACUUGCAGAUGAUGAAUCGUGGCACCUUGUGACCUGUUUUUGCAUGAAGCCAUUUGCUGGGAGGCCCAUGAUUGAAUGUAAUGAAUGUAAUACUUGGAUUCACCUCUCCUGUGCCAAAAUUCGUAAAUCUAAUGUUCCUGAGAUCUACGUUUGCCAAAAGUGCCGAGACACCAAAUUCGACAUCCGCCGAUCAAACCGCUCACGUAUGGGCUGUAGAAAAUUAUUCUUGGACUGAUUAGGAGGCAGGAAUCCUAAUGACUGUGCAGGAAUGGACACACUUUAAAAUAUAAAAGCACACAAAUCUAUGUUACCGUGCAACAAAACUUUAUCUAAGAUACUUUUUUAUUUUUUUUUCAAAAUGAAAAAUACAGAAAGACAUAUUUAUGUUUUACCUGGGCACAAAUUUCUAUGAUUGUUUAAAUAAUUUUGUUUCGUUAAUGCCCAGAUUGGAGAUUAUAAAGGUUUCAGAAUUAGCUGGAAUAAUCUGAAAAGAAGUCCAAAGUUUCAUUAUGUUCGUUUUUUUUUUGUUUUUUGUUUUUUGUCCGUCUGCUUUCUUAAUUUUUAUGUUUUUCCUUCCAAUUUGAAGUCUGCCACUCGAAAAUUCACCAUUUUUAAAAAUGCUUUGGUACGAUCUUUUAGUGGCAGCAGGGGCAAUAUCCCGAGGCAUUUCUGUUUGAAGUGAUCAUCCCUUUGUUUACACAGAAACCAGCAGAAACAAAAUAAACAAAAUUUUGGUCAAGGAAAUAUUCUGAAAGGUUGUAAGGACAAACCCAUUAAUAAUAAUUUCCGGUUUAUUUGAAUGUUCUAGCACACAAUAGUUUUAUCUCUAAAUCCUGCAUUGUCUUUGAAUCAAUACUAAUAAGAAAAAUAGUUUGUUUAGUUAUUUUUUGUUUUUUAUAUAAUAUAUAUGUAUUAUUUAUUUUGUUAUUUUUUGGGGGGGAGUGGCCAAGAUAAGAUGCAGGUUUCUCAAGUUUCAAUAAAUACAGAAAAUCACAUGAUGCUGUGAUUCAGACAAAAAGUUACUUAUUUCGUAUCUUGUAUUUGUUGUUUUUCCUUUUUUUUUUUUCCUUUUCCACAGAGAGAUUGUCUUUUAAAAAAAAAAAAAACUUUUGAUGAUUAACAGGGCACAGUUGAAGCAGGGAGAUUUAUUUAUUUUCCCCCUCCAUUAUUUGUUUUACAUGCCGAGCUUAAACCUUUAUUAUUUAGGUAUUAAAAUCUCCCUGCACUGUUCAAACAUUUUGAUUUGAUUUGAUUGGUAAGCCGCUCUUCCUUUCAAUGUUUGAUAAUGAGACAUUUCAAUGCAUGACUUCUGACAUCCAUAUCUGUACACAGUGCUUGCAGAAUGGUUAGCAGAUGUAUUGAUUAAUGGAUAUUCUAUCUGUGUCCAGCUCUGGAUACAGAGUAGCUGCACGAAGGCUUCAUGUUCGUUGUUCUUCACACCGUAUACUUUAUCCUUAAAGCACAGGAAUCCAGGAUAAAUUAUUGAAGAUUCUACCCAAAAGUUCAGGGGUACACCAUGCGUCUGUGGCUACCCUGUGUCCAAGGGUCGAUCGAGAUGCUGGGUAUAUUUUACAUCCUGUACUAAUCUACACACACCAUUUAAAUAGCACUGAGUAAAACACGAAUACGCCACUUACAGUCCCUUAGUCUGAUAGAAAUUGUAUAUUGCUGCCUGGGGUAUUAUAGAUCAGAUGUUGGCACUUGGUGACUUAUUUUUUUUAUUUCAAUUAUCCUUUUUUUAGGAUUAGAUUUUUGAUUAAAAUUAUAUAAUUUUUUUUUUCUUUUUUUUUUUUUUCUCUCUCUAUUGCAGGAAUAGUAUUUAAUGCAGUGGAUUUGUACUGUGAUAACUACCCAUUACUACAUGUUAUUAUUGAUUGCACUGUAACAGAAACACACUCUGGCAUUCCAUUUGCUAUUGAUAUACUCCCAAUACCCAUAUAACUUGGAAACAUUUGACCUUGAGUGCAGUUGGUACCCCGGAUAUUUGUGUCUACACAUCAUAAAUGUUAUAUUUAUAAGAUCCAUUCACUUUCUGAUUGCCAUACCAAGUAUUUUGUGGUCUAGCACGCACUUGUCACAUUUCACUGUCAGAUGGGUAAAUUAUAGAUCUAUCCCCUUUAGAGCCAGAGUUAGGCAAAGCCAUUGUCAUAAGUAGAGCCCUGACAUGUUGAAGGUUUUUAAGGGACACUACAUCCCUAUUCCUUACUCUAGUAGUCACUUAUAUCAAAAGCGACAAUUGGCAUCACCUUCAUAAAAUCAGAUUCAAAAGUAGCCUUGUAUGAUGUAGUUGUAUCUACGAUGAUCUGUUUUGAGUCAAAUUAGCCAUUUUGAUAUAAUUUACAAUUAUUAUCUCUCUGGCCCUACAGGCAAAAAAAGCUACAAAUGGCAAGAUGUUGCCAUUCUUAUGUCAGAAUUUGACUCUAAAUUAGAUGUAUCCUUUUGAGAAAACCUCCAUGUAUGGUUAUCUGUAGUAACUAAAUUUAAACCAAUGUAUCUGCUGACAGCACUUAAAGGGGUGGGGAUCGUGCAUACAUAAAAGGAACCAAAUGGAAACAUAUGUCAUCAAAUCUUGUUCUACAUCACACUAUGACAGAUAUAUCAAAAACAAAAACAAGAUAUUUAUGAAUUAUGUGGUAGCUCACGAGUGGAUGAAGGUUCUAAAUUACCAAUAUUCCUCUUUGGUAGAUUCUCUUUUAGCUCUGUAAUGGUUUUGAUCCCAUAAGAACCAUUAGUGCACAUGAUUACUUGCAUUAUAUUAAAGUACUCCACUUUAGACCUAGGACAUUAUUGUGAUUUGCUCCCAGAGCCAAUAUCGUUUUAAACCCACUCACAUGUCCUAAUACAGAAUGUAUGAACGUUAAAAAGAUAACUUGUCCUCUCUUACAAAAUUUUCAAUUAAGGUACAAAGCCACCUCUUUAAUGAAUUUAGUUUGGAUUUAUAUGAGCUUCAAAAAACACGUGAGAAUCUAUUCCAUCCUCUCUAACACCCACUGUUAUCCUUUUACAAGCGUUAAAACAGAUUUAAUAUUUUGGUCCUAAAACAUUUCACCCACCAUUUCAAAGAUAUAGGGAAAUAAAAAUAUAGACAAAUGUGUUCUGUCCGCUGCCACCACAGUUUUUCAAAAUUAAUUUAUUAAACUGCUACUAUGCAAUGAGGCUUUUGUUUUGUUUUAGAUAAUGACAUUAACAUUUUAAAAAUAUUUGUGACAUAUCUUUUAAAAAGAUCGCUUACUAAUAUGUGGUUGUUUAGAGUCAAUACCUAGGCUUUUUUUUUUUUCUGCUGGCUUUGCGCUCUAUCGGAAACCAACUGUGUCAGACUUGUUUGAGAAAUGCGUUGUCCAUCUUCCUGGCUUGAGGGGUAUAAUGGCAAUAUGAGAUUAUUUGGGAAGUUUGGUUUAUAAAGAAUAGGAAAAUUGUGAUUCUUUUGCGUUGACUGAAGUCCCUUGUUCAAAACACUGUAUACAGAAUUAUCAAGGAAUACAGAUUUUUUUUGUGUGUAUUUUUUUUUUUUUUUAAUUUUUUUUGUGUGUAUGUGACAGGGAUUAUACUUUAUGAUGAGGUUUCAAACCUGUUAAAGUGGAUGUUGUAUACAGUCCAGAAGAAGACGUAAUAUCCAAAUCGGAAAGGCACUUAAAGUGUUUGUCUAAAAAUUUGAUAUUCAAAUUGCUACAAAAUUUGCAAGAAAUUGAACUUGUUAGCAUGGAAAAUAGAUUAGGGGUAAUCAACAGAUUUCCAGCUGUUUUUAGAACUACAUAGCAACAGCUGGAAAACUAUUGAACUCUACUGUUCUCAAAAGACCCUUUCUUAAAGCUCAAUGUGUUUUAGGGUGUUUGUCUUGCAUUGUUUAAAGCUACUCUUUGUAACAAUUCACUUAACACCUAGGUUUAUAUUUAGAUGAUAAAUAUAUAUAAAUAUACAUAUAUUUUUUUUUUAAUUUUGUAGAAUAUUGAGAGAAGUGUUGAACAUGCUUUAUAAAGCUGACUGGGAAACAUUUGUGAUUUUGAUUUAGGAGACUUGUGUUUUUGC